CUCCGGUGACCAUCACUGUGAUGAUUCCUGUGAGACGGCCAAACUCAAUGCCCCCUUUGGCUCCUCUAUGCACCUCGGCUGCAUGUUUGAAAACUUGCCCUUGAGCUCCUCCUCACGCCCACGCUCGGUGUUGUGGCUCCACAAUGCUAAGUCCAGAUUGGUCAACGUCUCGUCCACAGGAAAUAUUCAAUUCCUGGACCCCAGGGAUGGCCGGGUGAAAGCCUUUCCCAUCCAGAGCUCUCAAGGGGACUACUCCAUCCGCAUCGAUGAGCUGCAGGAGUCUGACCUGGGGUGUUAUCGCUGUGUGCAGGGUGGCCGAUGUCUCCAAGUGGAAGUUACUGAAAAAGGUGGACUGAGUGAAGAGAUGUGGCUAGUCAUUUACGCCGCUACGGCUUUAGCAAUCUUCAUCUUGAUCCUGGGUGUCUGCAGCUACUGCUGUGUGAAAAGUUCAUGUUGCUGGGAUCAAAGUACACCAGACUACGUGAACAAUGUCAGCCAUACAGCAGUUGUCUUUCCUCCACCUGAGGAAACAAGCAGAGGCACAGGAAGUGAACAGCAGAGAGGAGCUGAAAAUAAUCUACUUAUUUAUGAAAAUGAUGAACAUGACCCGGCCCUACAUCAGAAUGUCCAAACCAGAUAUCACCAUGAUCUGAGUGGAAUCCAGCCCGAUCCAGACAGAGGCCAAUCUCCUGCCAGGAUGGAGAGUCAGAGGAAAAAACAGGGAUUUCACAGAGAGCUGUUCACCAGAUUACGGCAAGCAAGUCUAAGUCGUCAUUAUUAUGUUAACCAAGUUGAACUGACACAGCAAGCUACAUCAUCUCGAAUGGAGAAUCAUCACCGAGCGAGUUUCUGGAGGAAGAAAGCCAAGACAAAACACGAAUACAAAAACCCGAUUUACAACAACAGCACCGACCAGCUCAACAGACUGUAGAGAACCAAGGCCAAAGAAGAAGCCGCUGCUGAGGCAUUUUCAGUAAAUGGAUCCAGCUACAGAGCUAUUUAUUCAUUGUUUAUUUUACAGUUGAGAAAAGUGCUUUUAGAUCAGGUUGUGAUUGAUUCAUUGUGUCUCAGUAUUGUAAAUAACUGCACAUCGCUUGCACAAUUUUAGGCUUUUAAAUGCAUAUCCAAAAAUGUGAUUACCGUCCCUGCAGUGUUAUACAAUCCCACAGAGAUUUUCUGUAUGAAUGCACCUGUGAGAUGGAAGAGUAUUUGGACUUGAUAAAUCAAUGAUCAUGUUUUUUAUAAGCGUCAGAUUGGAUUGCUGAAUUACAUGCAAACAAGGGUUAGACACACACAACGCCCUCUCUGCAGAACCGACCAGAUCUUCUGUCUAAUA